UUCUUACUAAUAGCCUAGUUUUAGCUCCACCCCUUAUCUUAUCCAGUAUCAAUAGUGAAGUACAUCAGAAUUUCCAUAGCUUUCCACCAACUCCAGAAACACACAGAUUGCUGAUAAUGGAAAAAGGAUUGUCACCCCCUCCAUAUCCUGGACCACCAAUGGCCCAAAACUACAUUUCCUACCAGACACCACAGGUUGCCUAUCAAACCCAACCAGUGGCCACUGUAUACAGUCCACCGCCCACACAGACAGUCAUGGGAUCCAGCGUAACCCAAACAGUCCAGUCACCUGGCAUUGUUUACCCAGCUCCAUUUGCACAAGGGCCAGUCAUGUCUUCAUCCACCGUAACUCAGACAGUCCAGUCUUCAUCAAUGCCUGGCAUCGUUCACUACCCACAGCCCACGGUCAUGUCGUCCACUGUAACUCAGAUGGUCCAGUCUACUGCACCUGCCCUGGCCACAGUGGUAGUUAUGCCACCACGACUGACUGACGUCCCGGGGCAGAUGAAAUGUCCUCACUGCCAGCAGCAGGUCGUCACAGAGACCACAUAUGUCAGUGGCCUGUUGGUGUGGGCCAUCUGUGGAGGCCUUGGCAUUUUAGGGAUCUGGCCGUGUUGUUUGAUUCCGUUCUGUGUGGAUUCCUGCAAGGACGUAGAGCAUCGUUGCCCAUGCUGCAAAACCCUUGUGUAUGUGCACAGACGCAUGUAGCUCCUGAAGCAAAGAUGGAAGACCAAAAGAAAACUACCACCAACAUCUUCUGGGGUCUCAUUUAUAAAAUACUUUUAUUGCUUACGCGAUUUUCCACGCACAUAUCGGGAUUUAUAAAAAAUAAACAGGUCGUAAACAUGUACGCAACGUACGGACAUUCUAGACCAUGCGUACGCACUGUUU